CAGGAAGAAGAAGAGGUAAUGGCGACUUUGCUGGGACCCGAGUCCCCUUGGACAGAGAGGAAUAAAAUAUAUCGCAGUCGGAAUAUUUUAACAAGAAUAAGGCAAAGUCAGAUUGCAGGUCGAGGCUUCAGCAGAGGGACGCAGCUCCCGGAGGCUCUGCUCCAGGAGAGGGACAACAGAGCCCGCUGGCAUGGCAUCCCUGUGCUCGUGCAGGAGCUGUACGCUAGCAGUCAUCUGAACAGUGACUUCAGUCGCACACGAACUGUGCUCAAGGAGCUGUCUUCCUUGCUCUCAAUGGAAGCCAUGUCGUUUGUGACAGAGGAUAGGAAGACAGCCCAAGAGUCCACCUUCCCAAAUACAUAUACCUUUGACCUCUUUGGAGGAGUGGAUCUUCUGGUUGAUAUCCUGAUGAGACCCACUCUUACCUCAAUGAAGAAAAAUAAGAUGAACGAUGACUUGGUGAAAGACUGCCUCAGUGUACUUUACAACUGCUGCAUUUGUACGGAGGGUGUGACAAAAAGUCUUGCAGCAAGGGAUGAUUUUGUCUUCUUUCUCUUCACAUUGAUGACCAAUAAGAAGAUUUUUUUGCAAACUGCUACUCUAAUAGAGGACAUUCUUGGUGUGAAAAAGGAGAUGAUCCAGCUGGAUGGGAUUCCUAACCUGCCUGGUCUGGUUCAGAGUUUUGACCAGCAGCAACUUGCCAACUUCUGCCGCAUUCUGUCUGUCACCAUCUCGGAGCCAGACGUGGGAAACGAUGACAAACACACCCUCCUGGCUAAGAAUGCACAGCAGAAACGCAACACCAGCCCCUCCCGUGCUGAGCAUAACCAGGUGACCCUUCUGAACAUCCCUGGCUUUAUCGAGCGCCUCUGUAAGCUGGCAACACGCAAGGUGUCAGAGGCCACAGGCGUGUCCAACUUCCUGCAGGAGCUGGAAGAGUGGUACACAUGGCUGGACAAUGCCCUGGUGCUGGAUGCACUCGUACAGAUGGCCACAGAUGAAGUGGAACAAAGCAGUACUGAGUCUUCAGAUGAGAGCACGCUGGCCACAGCUCCCCUCAGGCAUCGUCUGCCUCAGUCCAUGAAGGUUGUCAAUGAGAUCAUGCACAAGGUGGAGGUACUCUACGUGCUAUGCGUGCUGCUCAUGGGUCGACAGAGAAACCAGGUUCACAAAAUGUUGGCAGAGUUCCGCCUCAUCCCUGGCCUCAACAGUCUGUUUGACAAGCUGAUCUGGAGAAAAUACACUGCCGCCAACCAUGUUGUGCACGGUCAGAACGAGAACUGCGACUGCAGUCCUGAAAUAUCAUUCAAAAUCCAGUUCCUCAGGCUUCUCCAGAGUUUCAGUGACCACCAUGAGAACAAAUACCUGCUCCUGAACAGCCAGGAACUGAACGAGCUCAGCGCCAUCUCAUUGAAAGCAAACAUCCCUGAGGUUGACGCUCUGGUCAACACAGACAGGAGCUUGGUGUGCGAUGGUAAGAAGGGGCUUCUUACAAGACUUCUCACUGUUAUGAAAAGAGAGCCUCCAGAUUCUUCUUUCAGGUUCUGGCAGGCCCGUGCAGUGGAGAGCUUUCUCAGGGGAGCCACUUCAUAUGCAGACCAGAUGUUCCUACUAAAACGAGGUCUGCUGGAGCACAUCCUGUUCUGCAUCAUUGACAGUGGGUGUAGGUCCAGAGACGUGUUGCAGAGUUACUUUGAUCUGCUGGGAGAGCUCAUGAAGUUCAAUGUUGAUGCCUUUAAGAGGUUCAACAAAUAUGUGAACACAGAGGAGAAGUUUCAGGCCUUCCUGAGUCAGAUCGACAGCUCUCUGGUUGACUCCAAUAUGCUGCUGCGCUGUAUCGUGCUGUCUCUGGACCGCUUCGAGAACCUGGCUGAGGAUGUGCGAGUAGUUGAAGUGCUCUCCGAGUGCUUUCUCUUGUCCUUCAUGGCUCGAGUGGAGAACAGACUGUCCUUUCUCUUUCGUCUGAUCAACAUCAUCAAUGUACAGACUCUUACCCAGGAGAAUGUGAGUUGUCUAAACACCAGUCUGGUGGUGCUGAUGCUGGCACGAAGGAGAGGCAAGCUUCCCUUCUACCUGAGCGCUCUGCGUGAGAAGGAGCGUGCAGAGAAAUACCCUGGCUGCCUGCUCAACAACUUCCACCAACUGCUGCGCUUCUGGCAGCAUCAUUACCUCAACAAAGACAAGGACAGCACCUGCCUUGAGAAUAGCUCCUGCAUUCCUUUCAGUUACUGGAAGGAAACGGUCUCGGUUCUUCUUGGUGAAGACAGGACUUCCCUUUGUGCCAUAGCCAGCUACAUCGAUGAGCCAUACAUGGAAUUGGAUGGGGCUCUGCUUGAGGAUUAACCCCCUGGGAGUGGCCUCGGGGGAGCCGGGCUCCACGGCCGCACAUCCCGUUGGCUCACCCCUCUUCUGAAUUUAGAGCAGAGACUCCGGCCAUGGGUUUGACGCUCUGGGGCCAGCCCUCUCGACCCACUCAGUGACAUGUAGUAACUCAUGAGCGAGAUUCCCGCGGGCCCUCUGAUUACCUGGUCAGACUGUAGGGCUCAUCGCCUGCUGGGCCCCCCGUCUCAGCACUCUCAGAGGAGAGUCUGCCUGCUGAGCUCACAUCAAAGUGGUACUUUAGGAGAUGGAAGCUCUCAUCUGGAUAUGUUUGUUGGUGAUAUGCUUUUAGAUGAAGUUCAAUUUAUUGGAGCUUUGUUUUUACUGUUUUUGGUCGGAGGAGGGGGUGACAAAUAUGAGAAUAUAUUUGACACAACAAUCCUGAGUAAAGAUUAAUGAGUUUGGUCCAGUGUAAAUGUUCAGAGUGUGUCGACGCAUACCUCCGCACUGCUAAGCCUUGAUUUUGAUCGAAUUUACACACCUGACACAUGAAGAGCCUUUUGAACGAGAGAGAGCAGAGAGAAUAUCUUUUGUCUAUAUCCAUGACUACUCUGUGCGAGAGGUGAGCUCUGCCAGGCUGAGGGAUCUGGCCUCCUGGAGAAGCCAUUUGGCUUGUCUGUAUCACAGUGACCUGAGAAGGAGGCACAGACAUUAAUGGGGAGAUGGGAUCCCAUUGUGUACUUGGGCCCCGCUUAUCCCUCUCCUCUGUGAAGAAGCAGUAAUGUGAAUUUGUUCCUUAUUUGCCUCUUUGCUGAAGGUCUUGGUUUCUUAAAAGCAAACGUAAAUGCAGACAGGACUAGUUAGUUUUAAUGAUCAACACAAACACCAAUCAAAAAAACACUUUUUUUUUUUUUACUUUUUUUUUAGUCCUGUUGUCUCAUGUUUUCGGAGUGAGCACAGCAAGUAUUUAAAAAAACUAUGCAGAUGCAUCCACACAAGGCUCAUAAAAAAGAAUAAAAUGCUUGUCUUGUUUAUGUAGCCUUCCCAUAAAUGCUAACAACUUAUGAUGGUUCCUUUGGCUAAGAUCCAGAAUCUACUGUACAAUGUGACAGAGAUCUCUCUCUGUCUAGGUUUGAGCUAGCCACUCGCUAGCCAUUAGAUAACUAGCAGUUUUGUGUUGUCAGUGAGCCUUUCUUUGACAGAAUUAAAAAUAUUUAGUUCUUUUCUGGUGCUCAAUACUGGUUAGGCAACCUACAUAUGAGCAAGAUCAGAAACUGUAUCGACUACCUCAUUCCAGCCCACUACAGUAAGUUUGAGUGAUUAUUAGCACAUUUGAUCUGCACAUAAGCUUGAUUUAUAAAAAUUAUUUUGUUCAUAAUUAAAUGUUUCACUUCUGUUUGUUUGUAUGUUUGUUUGUUUGUUUGUUCUUUAAAUAAGCACCAAAAGCAUAAAUGGUUCACUUUCAAUUUAGGGAGUCGCACACUUCUUUAGAGGUUAUAGGUUUCUCGGUUGCCCGAUUCAUAUUCAUGCAGCUCACGUUUAUUAGCAAGAGACUUUGUAUAAGAGAACCUAGUGUGGUUGCCAGGGUAGCAGUCUCAAUUCAUGUAAACGGGUCUAGAUGAUGCUAGAGGUUGAGGUUUGCUGCUCUGUCAAUUUCUCAGAGUUCUAGAAUGUGUUUAGCGCCAUAUACGCUACCAACUAACAUUACCAGCAUCCAGCAAUCUUGAGGUUUCCUACCUAUGAAUAAUAUGAUGGGGAAUUAUGCUGGACUUGUAAUGCAUGGCUAGGCCUAUAGGUUUUCACCUAUUUGUACAUGUAUACUGAGGCUAAUGAUAUUUUUUGUCAUGCGAAUUAUUGAAUCAGGUGGCCAGAGAAUCAAGCUUUUCGAUUCAUUUAAGAUGUUUUUCCUGUGCUCAUUUAAAUUAAAUGCUAUAGUUGAUGUAAGUUUAGCUGUUGCCAUAAGAAUAUCUCUUCUUUGUAUAUGAAAAUAUUUCCAACAGCUUUUUAUCAUCCAUUUCCUGUUACACAUAUUUUCUUUGGGACUGAUGUCUGCCAAUAUUAGCAACAUGGCUAUGUAAUUGUUCAAAAUAUGGGAUUAUUAAAGCUUCCACUCUAUAGUUAAAGUCACUGAAACCCAGUAGGUGUCUUUUAAUAAAUUUGAGUUUACUAUUUUUA